AUGGUUGGUUGGCUUUCGCUACGCUCAAUGGCUCAUUCCAUCGUGGGCUCAACUGACGGAAAUUCCUCGUCCUCUUCUGGCCUCUAUUCGCUGGCAUUUGCCGGAAGUAAGCAUCUACUGCUCUUCCAGUCAAGCCCAGAAACGAAGGCAGAUGCUCACCGAAUCGGCGCCAGUAGCGCUUCCACUAGCGAGCCCAGUCUGGCAUCCGCUAAGGAGCCGGAACAUUCAAUUUGGUGGUCUUUAGGAACGGAUCGCGUAUAA